CUCUGCAAAUGUGAAAAAGUUUUGCCACUGCCGCAUUUUCGAACUAAAUUUAAAAAUUCCAGGCCGGACUUGACCCCCCACUACCAAAAGAACUGGGAGGCGGUGAAAACGCAAGAGAUCAACAGACUGAAAGACGAAAUCCAGCAGCUGAAGACGGAAAAGGCCCAACUCGCCGACGGUGUGUCCGAGGCGCAGGAUACGAUUGCUCAAUUUCAAACGCAGCAACUUGAGUUUAAAAGCGAGUUGGAUGCUUUUCGGCAGAAAGUUGAACAGUCUGACGCCCUGGCAAACGUAGCCCAACAGAAGCUGGCCGUGGAAAGGGCCAGGUCGAGUUGCACCGAAGAGGCGGUGACCCAGGUCAAGAAGGAAAACCGGCGACUCGAGCGAGAGGUCGAAUUUUUGAAGGGUGACCUUUCUAGCGCCGAGAUGGAGUUGAAGAGCUACAAGGAGGUCUGCGCCAGGGUGAAAAAUGACCUGCGAGAGGCCAGGAACCGGUUGGUAAUGGCAGCCAAUAAGAUUUGCACCCUGAACGACGAGAAAGCGCUCCUGGCCAAAGAAAACGAGCAGUUGAAAACGAAUUUGGAGUGGGCCAACCAAGAAACGAGUCGCGUUCGCCACGAAAAAAACAUACUCCAGGACAAAAUCCAAGCGCUCAACGUUUCCCAGCAGAACCUGCAGUUGCAGAUGCAAAAUCUCCAGGGCCAGUACUCGAAAGAACUCAACUCGCUGAACCGACAACUGACCGCGACGAAAGAACAGGUCAACGCAUAUAAAAUCCGCUCUGCAGGGAGUUGCCACGACUGUCCGAUGACCGAGGUGGAGCUCAGGAGGGACUUGGCCCUGCUGCAGCGCCGCUACGACGAGCUCAAGAAGGUCUUCAACAUGCAGCAGGUCAACGCCACCAGCGUCCGAUUCCGAAGCAGGUCGUCGGUCCGAGGCAGCGUCAGGGGCGACCUGCCGGAGGACGAAACAAAGGGCGUCUCCGACUUUGUGCGAUAGCUGCACGAGGAAAACCGCCUUCUGAAGAUGAACAUUAAAGCGGCUGCAGAGCUGAUACAAGACGAAUGAAAGAAAAUUCGUUCAAUUUAUAACUUAUGCAAAUGACUAUAAUAUGGCUUGAAAAAACUUGAUUUAACUAUGGAUAAUAUUUUAAUUCUUUUUUAAGUACUUCAAUUUUUGUCUUUAUUCAAGACUAGA